AUGCUGCUGCCAAGUACAGAGUCUACUCAUUGGGUCCACAUAUACGGCCUCCAUUGCCUGCUGUCUCCAUCGCCACACUCUGCCAUGUGCCACUUUCAGGUCUCCUCAACACACUGCUGGGUUCCAUUUUGUCAUAGGGUGCUGGCAGAUUACAGGCCUCCCAUAGGUGCUGCCAGGCCCCAAAUCUGCCAUGGGCCCCCCGUACCGCCUGGUCACGCUGCUGCUGGGCCCACAGUGUGACCUGGGUCCCUGUACCGCCUCCCAUUGCUCCCACUCUGCCAUGUGCCACUUUCAGGUCUCCUCACACUCCUGCUGGUUUCCAUUUUUGUCAUAGGUUGCUGUAUGGCCUCCCAUUGCUGCUGCCUCCACCGCCCACACUGUGGCUCCAAACACUGGUUUUGGCCCCGUGACUGGCCAAAUGAGUGA